AUGCAGCACCACUGUGCCCUGUGGCGGAUCCACGUGGCAACCCGGUGUUUCGACCGCGACGACACCGGCAACAAAAUCAACACCCAGCACAAUACAAACCUUCAACAACGCACCGCCAACUGGAACCGACGCUGUGGCCCCGUGUGGACCCGCUGCGCCCUGUGGCACGACAGCUUCUGGCAGCUCAGCAGUGCCGGGCGCACCAGCACCAGGGACAACUGUUUGCUCUACCACUACAAGCCCCUCGACCAAGACGACACCGGCUAUCAACAUUGCCGCCACCGUCUGCUAAGAUUUCCGCCAUCUCCACAGUCGCAUGCGCAACUGGAGCCAACGAAUGCAAUCAAUGUGCCACUGAGUGAGUCUGCAGGCCCGUGUGCUACCACGCAAGCACCUGGGAGGGCGGUAACCACUUGCAACGCUGUAAUAACGACCGCACAGACCAUCGUUGGUCCAGAAGUCCCAGCCGGAAGUGAUACGGCUUCUUCAUGUGAGUCCACAACACCUGGACCAGGCGCCGCUGUUUCAACCACACUGCCAAGCUCAAAGACGACAGUGCCAGUCGCACCAGUUAAUAAAGACAUCAUUACUACCUGUGCACCGAGUGUGCCAGACGUAACAUCCCCAUCCUGUGGAUCCACAGCACCUGCACCAGGAACCACCGUUUCCAGCACGAUACCUGAUACAAAAACAACAGUGCCGGUCGUACCUAUCAAUAAAGACAUCUUUACUACGGCUGCACCAUCUGGGCCAACGCAAGAUAUCCCCUGUAGCUCAACGACCUUUACAACUAAGCCAACUCUGACACCUCCACCAGUAACGAAAGCUAUCACAUCCGCUCAACUUGAAGUGGUUGACACAGCUUUACCUUUGUGUAGCAAUACUAAUCCUAGUGGUCCAACAGAAACAACUCCAUCUGAUGUUAUAACUACAACACCUUUUACGAAGACAACACCGUCAACUACACCAAUUACUAAAGUCAUCCCAAGCACGUGUGUAACAGGUGUUCCUGAAACAACACCAUCGCGUGGAUCUCCAACACCUGGGCCAGACAUACCUUGCAGUCCUACGGCAGCAACCAUCACAAGCUCUGCACCAAUAUCCAUCAAUAUCAUCACCACUGCUGGGCCACAGUGCUCUACAGAAUCUUCCCCAAUACCGCCAACCACAAAAAUAAGCUCCACUGCGGGUAUUGUGACCUGCAAUGCUCCAGAGACGACGCCUGUAAAAGACGCAGCCCCUUUGAGUACACCGUGUGGAUCCGCACCAGUGGUCACCGACACUAUUCUGACGCCACCAGCGGUGACUCAAGCGGCUCAGAGCAAUGGGGUAGAGGCAAUCGCGCCACCCGCCUACAACAGCCCAUCCGGUGGUACACAACCGGCACAAGAAGGAACUCCAUGCGGCCCCACAACAACGUCUGCACCGUCUCCUACGACGAAAGUCGUGUCUCCGGAAGGACCGACACCUGCUCCCUGUGGACCUGCGAGUGGUGCGUCGAGUAUUGUGAAAGACGUAACUCCUUGCGGUGUUACAACACCAUUCCCUGAGACGACGCUGACUGAACCACCAACGACAAAGGUGAUCAGCGAAAGUACCUCACCAUCUGGAGCCGAGCCAACGAUACCAUCAUGUGGACCAACCGUUCCAUGCAGUUCUGCAUCUGGACCUACACCGUCACCCACCACAAAACAAAGUCCAGUCACUGAUAUCGUGACGUGUAGCAUUCCAGAGACAACACCUGGGUCCGUCACAACGCCUUUCACCAAGACAACUCUGACACCACCGCCAACAACGAAAAUUGUUCCUAUCACAGAAACGUGUGCACCUCAGUCAACACCACCAUCAUCUGGAUCUACUGUCCCAUGCAGUCUAACAACAAACGUUGUCCCAGACACAACUCCUUCUGUUGUUACAACCGUGACACCACCACCAAGCAGUAAGAACCCUCCACCUCCAGAAACACCUCCUCCAUGUGGUGGUUCUUCUACAGGUCAACCAGGAGCUCCCUGCAGCAGUUCUACAGCUUCAACACCUCUACCUACAACCAAACUCAUUCCCAUAGAGACAACAGUUCCACCAUGUGGUCCGAGCAGUGCGUGCAGUCCUCCAGUCUCUGAACAGACCCCUGCACCAACAACAAAAGUAAUCCCAGUUCCCGAUGGUGUUACCUGCAGCCCAGCGACUUCACCUGGAUCAGGACCAAUACCUUGCUCAACGCCACCACCUUCCACCGUGACAACUAUUUCUCCACCAUCAAGCACAAAGGUCGUCUCAUCUGCAGAAACAUGUGCACCUGGUGUUACGCCAUGUGGCUCCGUUACACCUGCACCAGAGGUUCCAUGCAGUUCUACAACACCAGUUACCAAGACAACCCUGACAACUGCUCCAGUGUCUAAAAUUAGCACGGUCAGUGAAUCACCAGGACCAUCUGUCUCUACAAGCCCAUGCAGUCCACUUACUCCACCUCCUACUACAAAGAUAUCUCCACCUUCAACAGUUGUGCCUUGCAGCAAUCCAGAUGUUACGUCACUAAUCACAGACUUGACACCUGCCUGUUCGACUCCUUCAAUAUCAACAACUGCAACCCCAAUUCCAACCACAAAGAUCAUCACUGAAACAGCGCCGCCAAGUGGGAGUGAAACGACACCCCCAUCAUGUGGAUCUACAGGUCCAUGCGGUUCAACACCUCCACCUGGUACAGGAAUAACCACAAUCAGCACCUCAACGCCUGUCUCCAAGUCAACACUGACGCCACCUCCAGUCACUAAAGAGAUACCUCCUGUUGUGACAACCAGCCCACCUGUAUCUACAACGCCUGUGACUGGCCCGACUGCUCCAUGCAGCCCAACAACAACAUCUGGACCUGAGACAACACCUUGUGGUAGCACAACACUGGUCACAACACCAAUUACUAACAUCAUUUCCACGACGCCUCCUGGUGGUUCUACAAUUUCUUGCAGUCCCACAUCUCCAGUUGUACCAACAACAAAGUUGGUGUCAACUACUGGGAUCCCAAUUUGCAGCACGCCUGUUACACCCCCAGUAACAGACGUAACACCUUGCUCCACAAAUCCACCUCUCACAAAAUCAACUCUGACUCCACCACCAGACAGUAAAGCUACCACUGGUGUUACAAGCUCCUUACCAACAACACCUCCACCAUGUGGGCCUACAGGGCCUUGCAGUCCAACACCAACGCCUGUGCCAGGCUCAACUCCAUGCAGUACGGAAAUGCCUUUCACUACGACGAAAGUGACCCCACCUCCAUCCACAAAAGUAAUCCCUACGACCGAAAUAACAUGUUCACCGGGAUCACCAGUUCCUUCACCUGGAUCUACAGGUACCAUGUAGUCCAUCAACAUCUGGACCUGGCCCGACAACACCACCACCAACAACCAAAGCUUUAACAAGCAUACAAGAGACAACGCCUCCUCCAGGUGGAUCUACAGGACCUUGCAGUUCCAUAUCAACAGCUGCACAAGAA